AAUUGAGGAGGUGCAUAAAACAAGUUAAGUGGGUGAAUUGAGAUCAAUAAAACAUAUAGUAAAGAUCCACGAUUUGUAAGAGAGAAAGAGAGAGAGAAAGCAAUUUUCAGAGGGCUCGGCGGUCGGCCGGCGCGUGAGCGUCCGUGCCGCCGCCGGAGCUCGUGUUUCUUUCAGAUAAAAUUACCAGGAUCCGGCCUUCUCCUCGUUUCUGCCGGUUCCCGCCUGUCCGAUCUCUGGUCUGCCACCAACCGCUUUGGUUCUGGUCCUGGAGUAACGACGCGGUGGCUGUGUAGAUGACGCGGAGAAGACCUUAGUUGUUGUCGGAAUAAUAUCUCCGGGAGGCGGAGGCUAUCGCAGAUCCGUCGCCGCCGGUCUUUUGUCUCCGUGGCGGGGAAACUCCUUCAGGUCCGCCGUCAUCGGAUCUAGUCUCCGGGGGGUGAAGGCUUCUUCAGCCUUGCGUCGCCGGCUCGUGGCCCUUAUUCUUUAGGGUUUUGUUUCUUUCUUUUCUUCGGUCGGGUUUUUUUGUUUGUUUCUGUGGGUUGGUGUGUUCGUCGGAGGAGAUGGAAGAGCUCCGGCGGAAAGAAUGAGGAUGCAUGCGAUUCCUCUGGCGGGUCCCGGUGGUUAAUGUUGAUGGAGGAGCUCUCGCUACGGCGAUUGAGCCUCUCCGGCUUGAGUGGCCCAAAGUUGGGUGAAAGUAAAGAGGAACGGAGCGAUGGAGCUCCGGUUUGGCCGGGUGGUCCGGUGGUUGGAUCUCCGGCGCCGACGAGUUGAGAUGGUAUGGCGCUAUCCUUGUGACACGUGUUUCUUCGCGGAGGAGGAUCGCGACACGUGUACAAGCGGCCAAAAGUGGGUUUAGUGAGGCGGCAGUAUGCCUUUCCGCCUGCUCCCUAGGGUUUUCUCGUGAUGGGUCCGUAGGGCUUAGCCCAUUAGAAAUUUGGGUGUCCUAUUUGUUGUUGGGCUUAUGUUAUAAUAUUGUACUGGGUUUGGCCCGUUUCUUUUAUAAUAUUAAAUCCCUUUGAUGGAAAAAAAAAAAAGAUAGUGGAACCUAAUAAACUUGCACUCGAUUACUUUAACGAAAAAAAAAUAUAAGAUAUCUUUUAAAAUAAAAUAAAAAAAAAGAAACAACGUGUGGAACCAUUAACAAUCAACAUAUAUUUAGUGGCACGCACGUCUUCUAAAAUUGUCCUCACGUAUUCAUAUAUACAUAUGCUCAAACGCUAGGCGUUGCAGAAUUAUUAUUCCAUUUUAGAGAAAAAGACAUGGCAAGGUCGCUCAAGAAACCAGCCAAGUUUAGCCUACGACGAGUCCGGAUCAACUCACCGUCCAUUAGGUUCAAACCUGACUCCAGUUCCAUAGAGAGAGACCAAAGAAUCGAGUUUCUUGGUCAAAAUGCCGAUGAUGCUGGAUCCACAGGAGAAGAAAGCAAAGUCCAAAACAGAGAAAGCGAAGAGACUGAAGACAAACAAGAAGAAGAAAUCGUCAAAGUAGUGAUAAAAGAAGAGAAAAAAGAGCAAAAAGAAGAAGAUGACGUCAAGAGCUUUCAAGAUGGAGGCGCAGAAGGGAAGAAAGAGGCGGGAGUAGCGGUUGAGACGGCUAAAGAGGAGGAGGCAGAAGGUGGGAACAGAGUAAUGGUGGUGGUGGAUAAAGCCCUUGCUUCUACAGGAGCUUUAGAAUGGGCUAUAACACAUACCUUACAACCACAAGACACUCUUUUUCUGCUAUAUUUUGCACAACCAUUUAGAAAAGGUUCUUCUUCUAUAUUUUCUUGUUUAAAUGUUUCUUUAUUUUGGCCUCCUAACGUUUUUUGGGAUUUGGUUUUAGGUGAAAGGAAGAACCGAAAACGGGAGGUGAAAACUGAUGAACUAGUCCACACUCUGAAGAAACUGUCCCAAACAAAACGACCAGGGAUAGAAGUGGAGAUAAGGAGGCUAGAAGGAAAAGACAAAGAGAAAGGAGCAAAGAUAGUUGAAGAAGCAAAGAAACAGCAAGUGACUCUUUUAGUAGUUGGACAAGAGAAGAAACCUCCAGUAUGGAGGCUACUGAAGAGAUGGGCUUGGAAGAGACGCCGUGGACAUGCCGGUGUUCUUAAAUACUGUCUCGAAAACGCUUCUUGCAUGACUAUAGCUGUUAAACCAAAGAAGCGCAAGCACGGUGGUUACUUAAUCACCACCAAACGCCACAAAAACUUCUGGCUUCUCGCUUAAUGAACACCAACCUGCAAGCUUUUCAUCCUUUAUUUUUGUUUGUUUGUAUCAUCAAAAGCUUUCAAAUAAAUUCUCAUUCUUCCAAUGGAUUAUUGAAAUAACAAAUGUAUCUGCACAAGAAUUAUCAACAAUUUUCCC